AUGGGCCGUCCGAAAGGAAGUAAGAACAAAAAAUGCAAUAAAAAGGCUGGAGGCGACCAGAAGUCAAAGAAAUUUCAAACUGCAAAGGAGGAGAAAGCUAAGAGAAGCCAUGAGUACUUCCUCUCAUGGCAACAUCAAAAUGAUUCAUCCUCUGUGAAGUCACCACACCCUAUGGAGGAAGCAAUUUUCAAGAUUUCAAAAGAACUGAUGGCAGAGGUUUUUGACCAUUUGUCAAAACCAAAAGGGAAAUUUGUCCAAGGCACUGUUGAUUUUACAAGUGGGAAUGCUUGGGAAGUGAAAUAUGAUGAGGACAAUGACGGGUCUGCAAAUGGAAUUGGGGACUACAGAAUUGGUGCAUCAAGUGAUGAUGACAAAUCAUCAGCUUCAUCGACAAGGUAUUGCCAGUCGUACACACCAAGCCAAGGGAUGCCUUUGUACAACUACUUAAUGGAAGUACAAGGCAAAAUUGUUGAUGACAAAAACUGUAAACAACAAAAGUUCAUCCAUCCAAGUAAAUCACCACUGGCAUCCGGUCUGGGGAAAUCUCCCAAUCCAAGCAACUUCUACAAAGAUGUUGUGGUUUGA